AUGCCUCUCCGUUUGGAAGCCGAUUGGAAUAAUAUUUACUUCAACGUUGCAGACUUCACAAAGCGUGCAUACGGAACCAAUUUUGUCGAGGUGCUGCGAGUUCAGAUUCACGCCAAUUGUCGAAUAAGACAGCUCCCUGCAGUUCAAAUUAUGCCUCCCUGUUCAAGUAAACCGGAACACUUAGAUAUGCUUAGUUCAGAGAGCUCUAUGUCAGUAUCGUCAUACGACUGCUUCUAG